CACCAUGUUGGACACCUGGCGGGCUGUUGGCACUGGCAGCGCCGGCUGGGGAUGGCGCGCGGGCGCCGGCGGGGGUGCCAGAGUAUACACCCUUUUGGUUUUGUGCUGUGCCUGCUGGGUUUUUUUGCUUUUGGAAAGUGGUGCUGGGCUGGCUUAGAGGUGGUUGGCUGUUGCAGGACCCCAAGUCUUAAGAAUAUAAAUGGAUUCCAUUUCCUCAACAAGUAGCAGAGAGCUGACUAUGAGGUACCAGAAGAUACUUCCGUGAUGAUAGACCCACAAGAGUGAAAAUUGUGAAUGAAAUGCAUUCACAUUCCCCUCCUGACCCUGAUCUCUAAUAGACUUCCUGUAGCCCUUGGAAGAGAGGGUCAGGAGAGAAGGGUUGAAGGUCACCAUGAAGCUAAAGCAGCGAGUGGUGCUGCUGGCCAUCCUCUUUGUCAUCUUCAUUUUCAUGAAAGUUUUCCUCAUUGACAACUUGGACACUUCAGCUGCCAACCGGGAGGACCAGCGGGCCUUUCACCGCAUGAUGGCAAGCUUGCGUGUGGAGCUAGACCCCCGACUUGAUCAUACGCUGCAGUCCCCCUGGGAGAUUGCCGCCCAGUGGGUGGUACCAAGGGAAGUGUAUCCCGAGGAGACGCCGGAGCUAGGGGCUGUUAUGCAUGCCAUGGCUACCAAGAAAAUUAUAAAAGCUGAUGUGGGCUACAAAGGGACCCAGCUGAAAGCUUUGCUGAUACUUGAAGGGGGACAGAAAGUGGUGUUCAAACCUAAGAGAUAUGCCAGAGACUAUGUAGUAGAAGGAGAGCCGUAUGCUGGAUAUGACAGACACAAUGCGGAGGUGGCAGCCUUUCACUUGGACAGAAUUCUGGGUUUCCGGCGAGCUCCACUGGUUAUUGGCAGAUUUGUGAAUUUGCAUACAGAGAUCAAACCCGUUGCAACAGAGCAGCUGCUGAGUACCUUCCUGAUGCUGGGUAAUAGUACCUGUUUCUAUGGGAAGUGCUACUAUUGUCGAGAAACAGAACCAGCUUGUGCUGAUGGAGAUAUCAUGGAGGGGUCAGUCACGCUAUGGCUUUCGGAUGUCUGGCCUCUUCAGAAGCACCGGCAUCCUUGGGGAAGGACUUACCGUGAAGGCAAAUUGGCCAGGUGGGAGUAUGAUGAGAGCUACUGUGAUGCUGUGAAGAAGACCUCACCUUAUGACUCAGGCCCCCGCCUCCUUGAUAUCAUUGACACCGCCAUCUUUGAUUAUUUGAUUGGGAAUGCUGACCGACAUCAUUAUGAAAGCUUCCAGGAUGAUGAAGGAGCCAGUAUGCUCAUCCUCCUGGACAAUGCCAAAAGUUUUGGAAACCCCUCCCUGGAUGAGAGAAGCAUCCUAGCUCCUCUUUAUCAGUGCUGCAUUCUGUGUCCUCUACUUCAAGUUCCUCCAAACACAGUCCUAGAGGAGAGGUUUCGAGAGGCAAUUCCCCUUCCAUCCUUGCAGAAGAUUGAACAGCUCCCUGCUCUUCUGGUCUUCAUUCUCACUGAGCCCAGCAUCCGGGUUUCCACCUGGAACAGACUGAACUACCUGAAGAAUGGAGUGCUGAAGUCUGCCUUAAAGACUGCCAUGUCUCAUGACCCCAUCUCACCAGUGCUCUCCGACCCUCACUUGGAUGCCAUGGACCAGCGGCUCCUGAGCAUCCUGGCUACAGUGAAACAGUGCACAGACCAGUUUGGUCCAGACAUUGUGCUGGUGGAAGACAGGAUGACACUCUCCCAUUUGUAACUUUCAUGGAAAACAGAUGAAACUCCUUUUUUUAAAAAAAACAAAUGAUAGAAAAACAGCACAAUCGGUUCUGAAUGGCUAUGCCCAGGAUGGACUGGAAAUGAAUGGAAAAGCUUCUGAGCCAGGGAAAAAAGUGGUGGUGGUCUUUAUCUUUGGCUGAUAGCAGCUAGAGAAGGUGGAGAGUUUGGGAGCUCUUGGACAGCCCUGUAGCCACAGUGGCAGCUUCGCCGUCGUAGUGUGUCCAUUGUUGGCAGUGGACAUUGCACUGGGAAAACAACUGCUGGUGUUAAUGGAAGAAAGAGUGGAAUUCAAACAAUAAUACGUGGGCUGGUUCUAGAGGGGACAGUGGAGAUGGAAUAUUACGGUCCUCUCCCCAUUCUCUUUCCACAGCCACCCACUCUUAAUAUGUUCUUAUGAGGUUUUAGUCCAGUUCAGGGUUGUAUAUAAUCAGCUGUGAGCUGGUUAGGCAUUUCACUGCCUCUUUAAAAAAAAAAAAAAAAAAAAAAAAAAAAAAGCGGUAAAUAAAAUAAUUAUUAGUGCCCCAUACUGCCGCCUACUGGCAUAGAAAGGUCUUGCAAACACCAAUGGGGUGAGAGAUGGUGUGUCUGCUGCUCAGCUGUCUUCUCAUUAAUAAGCUGCUGGGAGGAGGGAUCUGCUUCAUAUGUGAUGAUACUUCAGUGUUAGCACUGAAGUGCUAGUGAAAAUUCAUCCAUGCAGUUGGAAGGUGAGGAGAUGGCAAGCUUUUUUUACAGCACUAAGAUCCAUCCAAUGGCUGAGGGUUAAUAUCUGUUCCCCAAGAAAUUACUACAUGGACCAGCACUACUUUCUGUACAUAGGGAAUAUAGCAGAGCAGAUAUCCCCGUGAUUCUAUGUCCAUAUUAACCAAAUUAUCUUUGUGUUAUGGCUGAGAAGCAGGAUGAAAUCUAUUCUCAGAGCAGAUUCCUCUUAGCCAGAUCAUUCUUCUUACAGUAGGCCCUGUAAUGGGGUGAGCAGAGUAUGUAAUACAAACUAGGAACAGGCUUCUUGUUGAACUAUACAGAGAGCCAAUAGCUGUGAACAAAGAGCCUGAGGAUUACAGAAAGUAUUGGCUGCUGUGCCUAUGGCGUCGAAGGGCUUAAUCCCCACCACUCCUAAUGGCAAUCACAGUUCUCAGUGCUGUUGGUUUUGUAGAAGGCCAGACAUUGACUUUCGUGGCAGAGCUAAACUGAGCAACUUCAGUUGGCCUCCUUCCUUUUCCCAACUGCUCCUCUAUAAUUCAUGCUGUGAUAUACUGAUUCUCUGGUGGUUGUCUUGGAAUUCUACCUUGUGUUAAUUUGCAGGGCAUUUUUUGUAUGGCAAACUUGAUGCUCCUGAAAAAUACAUGCUGUCUAUAAGAGGGUAUGAUGGAGGAGUUCUAUGCACAUGUUCCUGUGCAUUUGUCAAUGCACCUCAAUUUUGACUUGUAGCUGUCCUCUUCUGUUGGUCCUGUGUCAUCCUCUAGCAGAGAUUUCAAAUUGUUAUAGACUAGCUUGAGGCCACAAAACUCAUCCUUUAUGAUAAAUUGAUUAUUUAAAUCCAUGGCUCCAGAAGCAAAAGAGGAUUUUUUUCAGUACACUCCCACAUCUAUUGGCCUUGCAUCACUUUGAUGUGUGUAGCUAAUAUAGUACACAAAAGGAUCAAUAGUCUUACUCAAGCUUCGUCCUAGAAAUAGCAGGGUUGGGGGGAUGUUUUUGUAUGCACUACUUUAGAUGAUACAAGACAAAGUGCAGCAAGUUGAUCUCCAUUUCUAUGCUUUCCUUGGCCUGCUGCGAUUUCUUUCUUUAAAUCUGUUCUAAUUGCCAGUUUAAGAAUCUCUUUGGCUCUGCCAUAGUGUGGCUGGCAGUUGGAGAUUGUCCUUUCUGUUGCAGGUGUUUAUCUUCAUGAAAUGCAGCAAGGUAGAAUAGAAAUAAAAAGUAACUUCAGUGUUCUAGCUGAUGCACCUGCUGCCAUAGCCAGUCUAGCAGGUAUAAGUGGAAGAGAUUACAUUGAAAAUGCAAAAAGACCAGUACUUGAGACACCUUAGAGGCUAACACAUUUAUCUGAGCAUAAGCUUUUGUGGGCUACAAUUGGUUUUAUUCAAGGUGAGGGUGUUUACACAACCUGUCCCGAGGAACUGGAGAUGCUGUUGUUAAUAGGCUAAUGCCUGAUGACACUUAUCUCCUCAGGGGACCUGGGCUCACAUCAUGAUUAGAGCAUAAGUGAAAGAGUCUGGUCUUGUUCUAGUUCCCCUCUGGGCAUCAUCCAUGUUUCAAACCUGCUACACACGUAGCCUUAGGACUGGAAUAGUAGUGGGUGCUAAGGGAAAGAACUGAAGUGCAUUGACAGCUGAGAGAGAAUUUUGUAUAAUACUUAUUGGCAGUAUACCUGACUUUAAACUAGUGCCUAUCAUUUCAGUUUCACGAGCACAGAAUUCGUUCUUCAAAGGCAAACUUCAUUUGGUCAGUGAGUUCUUUCCUACUAUGUGUGAAUUGUUCCUCCUGGCUUCCAUCAGAGCAGAACUGCUUCAGCAUGAACGAGCUUAUUGUGAGUGUGCGUGGGGAGUGUUGGCUCUCUUCUCCAUCUUUGAGAGCCCUCUUCUGCCACCCUCACUGAUCCCAGGUAGUGCCUUAUUCUGCGAGUAGUCUUACUGAUUUCAGUGGGGCUACUUAUGGAGUAAGGUAGUAGAACUCUACCCCGAUACAAUGCUGUCCUUGGCAGCCAAAACAUCUUACCAUGUUAUAGGUGAAACCGUGUUAUAUUGAACUUGCUUUGAUCUGCCAGAGCAUGCUUUAUUGCGUUAUAUCCUAAUUUGUGUUAUAUCAGGUCACGUUAUAUCGGGGUAGAGGUGUACUUGGAAUGAGUGAGGGUAACAGAAUUAAUUUUGGUGUGCAUUGGCAUUAAAUAUUUACUGUGAAACCGAAGAUAACUUAUUCAAGGAGAGAAGAAGAAUGAAUGGUGUGGCUUGCACGAUCUCACAAAUCUGUUCUUCCCAUCUGUUUUGAAGCAUAAGCCAUGACAUUUCAUGGUGCGGGAAGAAUCAAAUAUGUUGGGUGGGAUUGGGACUUUAAUUAACAGUUGCUCAUUUGCAUUUGGUGAUGGGUUUUUGUUUAAAACUACGAUCUUGCCACAAAAUGAAAUUAGUGUAAAGAGCUUUCAGUUUGCUUUCUCUCUGGCUUCCAGAGUGAAAAGUGAGUUGAGAUUUACUAGCCUGUUUUCCUGCACUGUGACCGUCAGAGAAUUAAAGCACUGCAUCUUGGUUAACAAUAAAUGGAAAAGGGGUGAGUAGGCAACUUUGGAGAAGGGUGGAAACAGGAAAUAAAGGGAUGUUAUGAUAUGUUACCUGUGAAGGUCACUGGAAGAGCCUGCUCAGGGUUGGAUAUGAAGCUAACAGAGAGAAACACUGUGUCCUUUCUUACCUAAAGCUAGGCUACCCCAAAGUAGAAAUAAAAAUGGCAUCCCUGUGCCAGUGAGGUCUGUUUUAUACCUUAAAAAAUGGGCAUCUCUCAUUUGUAAGAGAUGCUAGGCUUUGUCAUUGAGAUUUUCGUGAUGCCCUCUUAUUCCAGUUGUCACAGUCUACAGAUGCACACGUGGUACAUGAUUGGCCCCAGCUGUUCUGGGGGUAUUAAUAGGGUGCAGAAAUCAAGAACUAAUUAAAUUGAGCUUUAUUAGCCUACUUUUAUUUAUCUCCUGCCAUAGUCGGCAAACAAGGUGGAGGAAACACUCUCUAAUUUGCUCUUCUGUCAGCGUGUAAUGAACUGGAGUGUGUCUUGCCAAACAAACUUCAAUUAAAAAAUAAUUUAUUAAGAUGGUAACUUAUUUGUUGUGGCAGCUGGAGCUGGAAGAAAAACACCUGCCUUGUAGCUGCCAGAGGAUUGCCCCGGGGAGCAGCUGCACAAAUGAAGGUUGUUAGUAAGAAGAGAAAACAAAUGCAAUCCUGACUUUCUAUUUGUGUUCCCCAGGGUCAGACUCUGCAUAAAGAAACGGUGUGAAUAAAAAUUUUAAUAAAACAUUGAUGGAUUGUU